GCUGCGGUCGGCGCGCCGGGCCGGGGUGGCGGGGGGCCCCGCGCCGCGGGAGGAGCAGCCGGAGCCCGGCCGGGAUGAGAAGGUGACGCCGCCGGGGGGCGCCACUCGCGUUGUGAGGGAAGAUGCUCGCCUACUGCGUGCAGGAUGCUACCGUGGUGGACGUGGAGAAGCGGAGGAACCCCUCCAAGCACUAUGUAUACAUCAUCAACGUGACCUGGUCCGACUCCACCUCCCAGACCAUCUACCGGAGGUACAGCAAGUUUUUUGACCUGCAGAUGCAGCUUUUGGAUAAGUUUCCCAUUGAAGGUGGCCAGAAGGACCCCAAGCAAAGGAUCAUCCCCUUCCUCCCAGGCAAGAUCCUCUUCCGGAGAAGCCACAUCCGGGACGUAGCUGUGAAGAGGCUGAAGCCCAUCGACGAGUACUGCCGGGCACUUGUCCGACUGCCUCCCCACAUUUCACAGUGUGAUGAAGUCUUUCGGUUCUUUGAGGCCCGACCAGAGGAUGUCAACCCCCCGAAAGAGGACUAUGGCAGUUCCAAGAGGAAAUCAGGUGCCGACACCAACGCCGAGCCCAUGAUCCUGGAACAGUACGUGGUGGUGUCCAACUAUAAGAAGCAGGAGAACUCGGAGCUGAGCCUCCAGGCCGGGGAGGUGGUGGAUGUCAUCGAGAAGAACGAAAGCGGCUGGUGGUUCGUGAGCACCUCUGAGGAGCAGGGCUGGGUCCCUGCCACCUACCUGGAGGCCCAGAAUGGCACUCGGGACGACUCAGACAUCAACACCUCCAAGACUGGGGAAGUGUCCAAGAGACGCAAGGCCCAUCUGCGGCGCCUGGAUCGCCGGUGGACCCUGGGCGGGAUGGUCAACAGGCAGCACAGCCGAGAGGAGAAGUAUGUCACUGUGCAGCCAUACACCAGCCAGAGCAAGGACGAAAUUGGCUUUGAGAAGGGUGUCACCGUGGAGGUGAUCCGGAAGAACUUGGAGGGCUGGUGGUACAUCAGAUACCUCGGCAAAGAGGGCUGGGCCCCAGCCUCCUACCUGAAGAAGGCCAAGGAUGACCUGCCAGCCCGGAAGAAGAACCUGGCAGGCCCCGUGGAGAUCAUCGGGAACAUCAUGGAGAUCAGCAACCUGCUGAACAAGAAGGCAUCUGGGGACAAGGAGGCCCCGCCGGCUGAAGGCGAGGGCCAUGAGGCCCCCAUCACCAAGAAGGAGAUCAGCCUGCCCAUCCUCUGCAACGCCUCCAAUGGCAGUGCCCUGGGUGUCCCCGAGAGGACCGUCUCCAAGCUGGCCCAGGGCUCUCCAGCUGUGGCCAGGAUUGCCCCUCAGAGGGCCCAGAUCAGCUCCCCAAACCUAAGGACAAGGCCUCCACCACGCAGAGAAUCCAGCCUGGGGUUCCAGCUGCCGAAGCCACCAGAGCCCCCUUCUGUCGAGGUGGAGUACUACACCAUUGCCGAGUUCCAGUCGUGCAUUUCUGACGGCAUCAGUUUUCGGGGCGGACAGAAGGCAGAGGUCAUCGAUAAGAACUCAGGCGGCUGGUGGUACGUGCAGAUCGGUGAGAAGGAGGGCUGGGCGCCCGCGUCUUACAUCGAUAAGCGCAAGAAGCCCAACCUGAGCCGCCGCACAAGCACCCUGACCCGGCCCAAGGUGCCUCCUCCGGCGCCCCCCAGCAAGCCCAAGGAGGCCGAGGAGGGCCCUGUGGGUGCCGGCGAGAGCCAGGACUCCCCACGGAAGCUCAAGUACGAGGAGCCUGAGUAUGACAUCCCGGCGUUCGGCUUCGACUCGGAGCCAGAGCUGAGCGAGGAGCCCGCAGAGGACAAAGCCCCGGGGGACCGGCGGCCGGCCCAGCCCCACAAGCCCUCGCCCGCCUCCUCGCUGCAGCGGGCCCACUUCAAGGUGGGCGAGUCUUCAGAGGACGUGGCCCUGGAAGAGGAGACAAUCUACGAGAACGAGGGCUUCCGGCCGUGCACAGAGGACACCCUGUCCGCCAGGGGCUCCUCUGGGGACAGUGACUCCCCAGGGGGCUCCUCGCUGUCCCUCACCAGGAAAAACUCCCCCAAGUCGGGCUCGCCCAAGUCGUCCUCACUCCUGAAGCUCAAGGCAGAGAAGAACGCCCAGGCAGAACUGGGGAAGAACCACUCCUCGGCCUCCUUUUCCUCCUCCAUCACCAUAAACACCACCUGCUCCUCCUCCUCUUCCUCCUCCUCCUCCUUGUCCAAGAACAGCAGCGACCUGAAGCCCCGCUCGGCCUCGGACGCAGGCAUCCGCGGCACUCCCAAGGUCGGGGCGAAGAAGGACGCUGACGUGAAGGCCGGGCUGACCUGUGCCCGGGCCAAGCCAUCGGUCCGGCCCAAGCCGUUCCUGAACCGGGCUGAGUCACAGAGCCAAGAGAAGAUGGACAUCAGCACUUUACGGCGCCAGCUGAGGCCCACGGGCCAGCUCCGGGGAGGCCUCAGGGGCUCGAAGAGUGAGGACUCCGAGCUGCCCCCGCAGACAGCCUCCGAGGGUCCCGAUGAGGGGCCUAGGAGAGGCUCGGCCGACCUCAUCACCCCCCGGGCCGCCACUCCCCCAUGUCCCACCAAGAAGGAAGGGGACGGGCAGGCCACCUCCUACGUGACAUGCAGCGCCUACCAGAAGGUCCAGGACUCGGAGGUCAGCUUCCCCGCGGGUGUGGAGGUGCAGGUGCUGGAGAAGCUGGAGAGCGGGUGGUGGUACGUGAGGUUCGGGGAGCUGGAGGGCUGGGCCCCCUCCCACUACUUGGUGCUUGGCGAGAACGAGCAGCCCGAGCCCGCUGGCAAGGAGCCGGACGCAGGGUCCCCCAAGAGCAAGCAGAACGAGGGCAAGUCCGACAGCCUGGAGAAGGUGGAGAGGCGCGUCCAAGCCCUGAACACGGUGAACCAGAGCAAGCGGGCCACGCCGCCCAUCCCCUCCAAGCCGCCCGGGGGCUUCGGCAAGACCGCAGGUGCCGCCGCAGUGAAGAUGAGGAAUGGCGUGCGGCAGGUGGCUGUCAGGCCCCAGUCGGUGUUUGUGUCCCCGCCGCCCAAGGACAACAACCUGUCCUGCGCCCUGCGGAGGAACGAGUCGCUCACGGCCACCGACGGCCUCCGUGGCGUCCGCCGGAACUCCUCCUUCAGCACUGCUCGCUCCGCGGCCGCCGAGGCCAAGGGCCGCCUGGCCGAACGGGCUGCCAGCCAGGGCUCGGACUCUCCGCUUCUGCCCACCCAGCGUAACGGCAUCCCCGUGUCCCCUGUGCGCCCCAAGCCCAUCGAGAAGUCCCAGUUCAUCCACAAUAACCUCAAAGAUGUGUACAUCUCCAUCGCAGACUACGAGGGUGAUGAGGAGACGGCGGGCUUCCAGGAGGGGGUGUCCAUGGAGGUUCUGGAGAGGAACCCCAAUGGCUGGUGGUACUGCCAGAUCCUGGAUGGGGUGAAGCCCUUCAAAGGCUGGGUGCCCUCCAACUACCUUGAGAAGAAGAACUGACGGGGGGGCGUGGCGUCCUUCCAGCCUCCGUGUGCCACCGUAGCCGCCACUGGUUGAGCGGUGAGAUGAAGACAGAGGGAAAGGAAAGAUGGGCAGGGGCGGGGGCAGACAACACAGAUCCCUGCAGAAUGUGUGACCUCAGAGAUGCCUCCUCCAGGCUGUCCCCCAGCUGGGAGGUGGGGAUGGUGAGGACCCACAUUGAGUAGGGAACGGAAUGGGCCAGGGAGUCCCGGUCCUGGGACCCAGAGCUGAGAAAGCUGAGACCCACAGUGCACCUUGGUGACUUUGCUGAUUGACUACGUGCCAUUUGGGACGGGCUGCGUGGGAAUCCCCAAUUGUGCCUUUGCUGCAAACCUGGAAAAGAUGUCAUAGGGGGCCUCCAGCGCUCUGUCCCUGCGUGGCCCAGUUUUGGUUGCUGGCAUCUUGCCACCGGAGGUAGCCCUUGUAUCAUCCUAAUCUGUAUUUGUGAAUUGUGCUGGUUUCCCAGGGACUGCCACUGCCCGCCACCGGUGGGUGCGUUAGAAGACACCACUGGCUCUGGGGCUUGGAGGUGUCCGUGGGAGCCCAAGCCUGUCCUGGGCCAGGCCGUUGUCCAUGUCUGUUAGUGAAAUGAAAAGCAGUUCCCAGUUGCCAGCAAGGACCACCUUCCAUAGCUGUCACUGUCCUGGCCUUGAGAGGACAGCCCCUCCUCAGGGCACCCGCGGAGGACACAGGGAGGGUGGGUGAAGCUGUCAGUCUCCUCGUAGUCUGCACAGACUCUUGUGGAUGUUCCGGGUGGGCGUUUCCUUUGCAUGUUUUGGGAGAAGUUAUUGAUUUGGGGGUUAUAUGUCAGGGCUUGGGUUUUGGUCUUAUUUUCGGGGUGGUUUGGAGGCCCAGGGAUGUUCGGCCUCAUAUGGGAAAGGGCAGGGUAGCGGACGGGCUUUUCUGUUGUACUUUAGCGGGAGGGCUGUUUGGCUUUUGUUUUUGUUUCACGUUCUUCCCUCCACAGGCCAAAGUAGUUGCGUUUGGUUUCCACUGUGUGGACAGUGCCCGAGUACGGCACUUACCGGAAGGAUCUGGGGCUGCCUGAGCCCCAGGUCACAGACAUGGCGAAGCAGAGAAACUAUUGUGGUUCCUGCCCAGCCUCAAUGGGGGGGUGCAAAAACCCUCCCCAGGAAAGAGGAGGAUGUCAUUCAGGAGCCAGACUCGGGGAGAGGAAGCAGCUCUGGGCUGCUGGCUGACUGCCAUCCUGCACACGUUCUCCCAGCGGGGCCGGGCCGCAAGCCUUACCUAUGAACUGUGGACAAGCAGCCAUUGCCUCACCCUGGGCUGAGGGGACCCCAGCUGGGCCCCCGGGUCAGACUGGAGCCAACACCACCAGCCGCUCCCUUUGGCCUGCUGGCGACACCGCGGGUGCCCAAGAAGAUGGAGGAUCCUCUCGCUAGGAGCCACCCUGGUCUUCCCAAGGGGCAGGGCCCCAGUGAAGAGAGAAGCAAGAGAAUAAAGUUCCCUGUAGGUCCUCUGUCACCUUUGGGUUGUGUUUUUCAAUUGCUGACAUUUCAAAGGGGACCCUCUAGAAGCCCAGCCGGCUUCCCAAGGACUCCCCCUUUGCUGGGAGUGGAUUUCAACACGUGCCUUUGAUUUUGGACGGAUCGGGCUUCACGGCCGCCGAUUCAGCUGCCAGGAUCCGGGACCAAGGGUUGCUGUUUUCCGCAGGAAAGGAAAGGCCUCCCACCCCCUGCUCCCACCCAGGCAGGCGGCACGAGACCUAGCGUCUCGGUGGGUCAAGACCCCCACACCCAGGGCUGUGCCUGGUCGCCCCCAGCCCUCGCCCCGACACACACCGAUGCCUGGCAGCUGUAGCAAACUGCUCGUGUUCUUUGUCGAAGGGCUGUGGUGAGAUUGUUUUGUUUCCUUUUGUUUUGUUGGUGAGUUUGUUUAAAACUGAAAUUACUUAUUUUCUUCUGCUGGACAGUAUUAAAUAGGGCAGAAUGUUGAGUUAAUCUGCUAGACUGCAGUACUAAUGGUAGUGGGUUAGUGUCUUCAUAUUAAUAUUGUUUGUACUUAUUUGAACAAUAAUGAUAAAGAAGUGGUUCAUUAUUUUUUAAUUAAUGCACUUUAAAUAAGGUGGAAUGGGAAAAAACCCAGAGAGCAAAGUGCAUUACUUAAAGAUGCAGUAUAUACUUUUCUCAUUUUUAAACAGCACAUAUUUAUUAAGAGAAAAAAGUAAUUUAUGAUUAUUUAAAAUAAAAUUUAAAAGUAGAGUGACUGUCAGGUUAAAGGACCUUCCACGUCGCUGUCUUCCAGGGGGAGGGCCCCACGGCCUCGCCCCUCAGAUGUCUGCACUGAGCCAGUUCAGUCACUCGCGCGCCAGCCAGGCCAGGGGGGCGUGCAGAGCAUGUCUGCCAAGCACAGAGCAUCUCAGUUGGACCGGACCACCGUGCUCUCCGAAGCCUGCCCUUCCUGCCCCUCCCCCAUCUGUACUGCCACCCACACCCCCCGGCCCACCAAGGACCCCCUCUCCCUGAUCCUCGGUGCUCUAAGUGAUAGAAUCAUCAAAAGGCAGGACUGGAAGAGACCUGAGAGGUAGCUCCAUCCCAUCCCUUCCUGCUACUGUAGCUCAAGGACAGGAAAUGGCUUUUCCAAAAUCACAGAGCUAGUUAAUGGCAGAUCUCUCCACUUCAUUAAUCCUGUGCUCCUCCCACCCACAUUAUAGUUCAUUGUGUGGUCAUCAUGUUUACAUUGAGACAUCCAGCCCCAAGGAUAGCUGGGAGUUGUUUUUUAGGCAUCCAGGAAAAAUGGGGAAUGCUGCCAUCUGGUGACAGCAUGUAUGUUUGGGCAGCGAACAGGAUUGCCAUGCCCCAGUCUUCACACCUUGUCCCCUCGCUAUCACCCCCCAACUCACAGCACAGCACAAAUCCUGCAAGCCCAAAGAGAAUAUUAAUACUUGAAGCAAGAAGGGUGCAUGCCAGUCCUUCUCAGACACGGCUAGGGGAUGCCAGGCCUUGUGCCCCUGGACUCCUAGCCCUCCCCAGGGCAAGAGGGCCUUUCCCUAGAGCUACUGAGCUGCUUUGUGAUGUUGGAGGGUACUGCUGGCAGCAGGCAGAGGAGGGAGGGGGCCUGUGGCUCUGACCCAUCUGGAGGAAAACCAGAUCGGACUAAAAAAGGAAAAAGAAAAAUGAAAUCUCAGCAGUGUCCAAACCUAGUUUUCCAUUAGUUGCGAUUGAAAAUGUGAAAUGACAUUCUAUUGCUGUAUACUGCAACUUUAAUCAUAAUGAGCCCUUCUGAGGUCAUUAUUGAGGUUUAUAUAAUGCCCGAAGACGCAUCAUUUGGUGCUUUGUUUUUCUUUCAGUUUAAAGACCUUUUACUUUUAUUCCAAGGGGAAAAAAAUGUCUCCAUCUCUCUCCCAUCUCAUUCCUCUUUAUAAUAGCGGCUGGCCGUGUUGCCUGGCUCCCCCGUGCCAUGGGACCUUGGGGGGCAAGGAAGAGAGCUUGCAAGGGGGCAACCCUGAGCAGCAGCUGUGCCCUGGGGGUUCCCCCCCUGCCCCGUGGCUGUGGCCGGGCUGUCUUGCCAGGCCUCAGCCCCAUCCACCCCCAGCCUGGCCCCAAAAGUUUCUCUUUCUUCCUCUUCAGUUUUCCAUCUUGACGAAGGCAUUAUAUAGAAUCAUUUUAAUCACUUUCAGAUGUUAGAGCAGCAUAUUUUACUGGCAUUUGUAUCCAUUGCUUUCCUCAGCAAGGCAUGUUACUACUUUUAUCAUCUAACAAAAAGAGACAAGGGAAUUUCAGUCAAGCAUUUUCAUAUUACUAGUAUUUGCAGUAGGCGUAGAACUAUUUAAGUUUAGACGUUGGUUUGGUAGUUUGUUUUGUUUUUAAGGGGAAAAAAGGAUAAAAUAACCCGUUUUUCCUGUUUUUGUAUUUAACUAAUAUAUUAUUUCUUUAAGGUUACUCACUUCCCCUACCCCCUCCGAAUACUUUGCAUUCUCAAUUGAAAAUGGAAACAAUCCGAGAGACAGGAAAAGUGCAAUAUUACCAAGACGAGGCCGAGGCUCACCGGGCACAAUGGAGGGAGAGCCAGUGGCCCUGUUGCAGGUUGCGGGGGGGUGGGGAGGGGCUGCUGAAGGGACCCUAACUGUGGAACGAUGGGUGGGUUGGUGGAGUCUGAUCUUGUCACCUCCUUCCCUUCUCCCCUUCCCAGAGGGCAGCCCCUUUUCUGUUGGGUGUUCUCCACCUUCAGGAAAGCGGCAUGGGGCUCUUGACCUCCUGGGGCCCCAGUCCCCAGAGCAGAGUGAGGACAUCAGGAACCGUUCCUUGUUUUCAUUUCCAUUGUUUUGCAGCCAGCUGCUCAGAGACCUGACCUAAAAAUGACUCCCAGCAGCCCUCUCUCACCCCAGUCUCCUGAUGUUUGGGUCAUGAUCCUUUUGAUGUAUGUUUGAAUCUUUCUAAAACUAUGUAACCUCAGUUCAGUUUAUGGGCAGGAACCCUAGAGAUAACCAAAUCCUUUUGUGGGGUGUGGGUGCCAUGAGCCUGCAGACCCCAGUGAGACACCAGUUCCCGCAAGCCUGCAGCGGGCCUGGGGCUGAGCCUGGGCCACCCGUUCAUCUCAAUGACUUCAGCCCAAGCAGUGAGCCCUGCCCCUGCUGCGCACCCGGACAGCAGGCAGACGUUCUCGGAGGGGAGUCUGAGGGGUCUGCUUGGGUCCGUGCAGACAGAAGAUCCCACAACAGGUACCGAGCCGGCCUCCUCCUCCCUUGGCACCGGUAGAGAAAGCAGCAGGGUGGGAAGUCUCUGCCCCGCAGGGUGAGAGGGACGUCCCUGCUGGCUUGUCCCCCCACCUCCAGUACUGUACGCUUGCUGCUCCAACCCCUUAUUUGGUGAAUUUCUGUACAGAAUACGGCUCUCUCUGCCCAGGGUGGGACUGUGCCCUGUGCGGGUAUCUCCCUUGGAGUAUAUACAUCUAUAUAUUCGAUCUUUGAGAAUCUCGAUGCAGAGUUCUCUGGAAAGAGAACUGUCCACAUCACUAAAGAAUUAAGAUUCCCUCACUUUUUUGAGGGCUGUGUGUUGAGUGUGUGUGUGUGUGUGUGUGUGUGUACGCGCGCAUGCAGGAGUGUUGGUAAUUUCCCACUUGAACUAAGUAACAUGGGGUUAGAGAAAAAAGUACCGGGCAAGCUGUCUCCAUUGAACAAGUCCUUGGCAUUGGGCAGGUCCCAAGGGACUCACAGCUUCUGGCAGCAAGUGUGUGUGUUAUUCACACACACGUAAUUCUGGCUGGAGAGUGCAAUGUGUCUUUUUUUGUUGUUAUUAUUUUAUUAAGUAUUUAGUUAGGAACUUCACACUGGCAUUAACAGAUCUAGCAGAAGCAGCCUCGGCCAUCGUCCCGGGCUCCAAAAUGAAGAGGUGGAAAAGAGAUGCUGUUGGGUGUGGAAACGCUGAGGUGGAUCAGUGAGGUCACCGACCUGCAGACGUGUCAUCUAGCAGGCUGACUCACACCCCUUAUCCGUGUCACUGGUAUGAGAAUCCCCAUGCAAUAAAAGAGCUGCUGGUCCCUGGUUCUCGUCUGAGCAUGGGGCAGGCUGGCUGGGGUGAGAUCUUGCCCAUGGUGCGCCCAGCGAGGCCUGCAGGUGUGUACACGUCAACACCUCUAGUCCCGACUGCAGGGCCUCACCGAACACUUCCUGGGAAUGGUUGGAGGGCUCCCCUGGGCCUCACUGAGCUUUAUGGCUAAAUCAUCCUCCCUGUUUGGGGCUGUCUCACGUCUUUGUGGUUCCUGAGCUCUAUGACCAGAGCCAGGGAGAGGACAGGGUCUGUGACCUACAGCUUUGGGGAAAAAUAGGCCCUCUGAUUUUAACUUCCCUCCUGCUUCGUCCUGCACACCUAGGUCCCCAAGCCACACAGUGGGCACACUGGUGCUUAUAGACUGGGUGGAGGGCUCUACCUUCCAAGGCCUUGGUCCCAGCCUGCCUAUAAGGUUGGGAUUUGCAUGUGAUCCCUCCUCCCCAACCCCAUCUUUUUAAAUCUCAAGUUUGCACUUGGCCUUGACAAUCAGCACCCUCUCCCAUCCCAGUCCUCGAUCUUAGUGGCCUUAGAGAAUGGGGUCCCCUGCAUUGAAGGUCCCUGCCUUGUUCCCAGUUCCAUCCUUGCCAAGGGGCUGGGCCUCAAGAGGUGAGAGAGAAUUGUUCUAGAGCGAAAGGAUGGAUCGAGCACGUUGAAGGCAAGUGAGAGGCAUGUCGGCAAGAUGAGUGAUGAGUGCAUGCAUGUUUGGGGUGACUGGGGCCUACUGUCCCUUCACUGGGAAGGAGGCUUCCGGAAGAGGAUGUCUUCUAGGCAGAAAAGGAACAGGCUGAAAGAGGGUUUGGAGUUUUGUCUUUGUUGAUUAGAAGGAAGGAAGAAGUCGAUUCUGAGUAUUUCAGGGAGAAGAGAGCAGGCAGGAAGGAAAUUUAGUGAUUCAACACCCAAGGGUCCAGCUAAAGCAGGUUGGAAAAUCCUCCAAAUUUGGCCAUAGAAGCUGGCUCCAGAAACUGCCACCAUUGGGCCACAAGCUGGGUGCCCAGCAGGUGUCAAUGGUUGAUCAGUGAUUUAUGUAGUAGAGAGAGGAAGUUGCCAGCAACAAACCAAUCUUUGAGCUUGGAGGCCCUGUUUCCAGAAUGCAUCCACCCAUCUCCAGGUUCCCAGCUGAUUCUGCCCACUUCCCUCUGUCCAGUCCAGAGCUGGCCUCUCAAGUUACAUGGUCGUGCGGUAAGGACCCAGCGUCCCCAAACUGGAACCUCAGGGUCCAGGUCCACCAGGUGUAUCUGGGAGGAAGGCAAACUCAUUUGUCCUUCCGGUGACACCAGUUAUUCUCAGUGUCUCUAGUGAUACCUGUGGUGGGUCAGUUUGCUGAGUCAGCCACCGUGGUAUGGAUUAGACCCGGUAAGAUGAACAUCCAUCCGUGGAUAUACCCUUCCAUUUUUCAGCAGAAUCAAGGCAUACUACCCGCUAGAGUUUAUUUCAGAGAAAGAAGGGUAAAGAGCCACCAUUCUUGAAUUUGCAGCCUGCUCUCUGCAACAAGUUUUCUUUAAAUCCAGGACACAGGAUGAGAAGUGGGUUUCCCUGCCAGUGUCCGAGAGGGCUGCAGGAAGGGGACUUCUGGGCAAGGCAGAUGUGAGUGGAGGUCCCUGAGCAUGAACAUGUGCACUGCGUGGUUGGGUGUGGACUGCUGGAUGCCUCUGGGGCUCCAGAACUUUGGGGGAUUCCUCGUGUGUCCGCUCUAUCUCUCCAAGCUCUUAGGGGGCUCUGGGGGGGGCCAGGAGGAGCCCUUCCUCCAGCUUGUCCCUUUUGGCCCCUCAGCAGAGAAAUUGGAGAAAACGACAUUAAGUUCAGUGCAGUCAACUGAGUGCUAAAAUAUUUCCAGGAUCAAUGGUGGUGCUAAACUAUCUCCAUGUUUCUAAUAUUUUUAACAGUAGAGUUUCGUGGUUCUUUUUAAUCUCAUCACACAAAUGCAGUGUCCCUGGGGAAGGGGACCAGCCCCUUGGCCUGCCACUUCCCAGGUGUCCUUUAUCACUUUGACGGGACUCUAUGGUCUGCAGAAAAUGUUCUGUCUUGGCAUGCUUCUAGACUGUAAGAUUUGGGUUUUUUUGUUUUGUAUUUUGUUUAUGUUUACAUGCAUCUUAUAUUUCCCUGAAAACUAAAUAAAGUUUUUGACCUUUUUAA